GAGAAAGAGGAACCAGAAGAAAGAGAAACUCGCGACAACAGAGUUGCCGAAAGAGAAGUGUUGGCGCCUCAAACUUGAGGAUCAGCUUCUCGGGCCCCACUCCAAGGUGUCGUGGCGGUCGGGUUCUUUCCGCCGCCCCCCGGAAGAUUCUCAGCUAACCCUUUCUCCGCCGAGACCCAGAGGCCCUCACUCUGACACCACUCCGGGAGCCAAGCUACUGUAAGGAGCUGAUACCACCCCUCGCCGGCGCGAACUGCCCAUCUCCCCAGACCCGCCCACCCCCUGCUGCGCAUCCCUAACGUUCUAGCCCGGCGAAGGUCCUCUUAAAUUAGGAAACAAUAGCUAUUUAGGAAGAAGGGCAAAUAACCCGCGCUCUGCGCGCCCAAUCGUGGAAUUCUUGGGAGUUCCCCGCGGGCAAGGAACUCUGCUGCUCCCGGCAGCUGCGGAAGAGAAGAGGGAGCCUGCGUGCUGGGGCAGGGGCGUCGCGAACUUGGGGCAACCCACUUCCAGGGCCCCGCCCCCGCUUUCCCGCCUGCCGGGGACCCGCCGAAUGGGGAACCACCCUCCUCCCUGAGGCAAAUUUGGAAGGGGAGGGGUCCAGGAGCGGUAGAGCCGGGGCACCAAGCGCCAGAUUCUGCCGCUCAGAAGUCGGGGGCAGUCCCCAGUCCCGCCUCAGGCCCCCGCGCUCACAGUGCGCUCCGCCAAGGGCGCGGUGUCACCGCCACGAAGUCUUUUACUUGCCCUUAAGGAGCCGGCCCUCGACCCCUUGCAGGGUGGAGAUUCCUCCCAUUCCCUCUUCCCCCCUCCCCCGGGUCAGCGAAGAGACGUGGAAUUGAGCUGGAGCGAUGAUUCCGCGAGCACUGUAAUUACGCACACACUGAAAUCUUCACCGUUGACUUAAGUUACUUGGCGCUGCGAGGGCUGGGGCCCUGCAUAUUGAUUAAAUGCAGCCUCUAUUUACCUAAACAAUAAAUGUAGAGAUUAGCAACGUUCACUUGAUCACAAUAAUGGGAUUGACAAUUAAGGGGCAAUGCAUCCCAGAUGUAGCGGAGCCUAUGGGCUGCGUGCAGCGGGCAGAGGGCUUCUCGGAGAGGGGCGCUCGGGCAGUUGCGGCGGCGGAGGUGGUGCAGAGCAGGAAGCGGCGCGGAAGCACAGCGGGAGGCGGAGGGGGACGCCCAUCCUCGUCAAGGUCGCCCACCCCGCCCGGGAGGCUCGAAACUGGCUUUGGGGUACCUGAAUGCCCCGACUCCCAGGGAGACAUCUGGAGCUCGGAGCCACCCUCCCUGCGGCGAGGGCACCUGCCUCAAGGCGGUCUCACUUGCGGAUGCCUGGCUGGGAAGGAGGAUGGACGCCGCUGGCAUGUGCCCUGGCACUGGAAAAACUGGCAGGAAUUUCCUUGUCGUGAGAAGACGGACGAGUGUGUCUGCAGUCGAGGAGACAACUACAAACAGACUUUGGGCAGGGAAUGCGGGCGGGCGGGGGUGGGGGUGGGGGCGGGGGCCAGCUUUGAUCGCUCCAGCUCUGUUGUAAUUUUGUCUUCGCCAGAUAGAUUAGCUGGAACCGCCAGCCCUAGCUUGGAGUUCCGUUCCACGGAGUACCCUCCCUCCCCACCCCCCGCGUCAUCUCGCGCCUGGAGCCGGGUCGCCGCUCCUUCCGAAGUCUCGCUGCAAACUUCAAGGGCUGAUGGUUCUGUGUUCCUGACGUAAUUAGGAGGCCACGCAGCUCUCCAGCACUCCGUUAAACAAAUAUGAAGAGCCGCGCUUCGGAACGACCCCGUUGGCCAUGCUAGCGGCGACCUGCAACAAGAUCGGCAACACGAGCCCGCUGACGACGCUGCCGGAGUCGAGCGCCUUCGCCAAAGGCGGCUUUCACCCCUGGAAGCGCUCCUCGUCCAGCUGCAACCUCGGUUCCAGCCUCUCGGGCUUCGCGGUGGCCACCGGGGGCCGUGGCUCGGGCGGCCUGGCGGGCGGCUCGGGCGCCGCCAACAGCGCCUUCUGCCUGGCCUCCACGUCGCCCACGUCGUCCGCCUUCAGCAGCGACUACGGCGGCCUCUUCUCCAACUCGGCGGCUGCCGCGGCGGCAGCGGCCGGAGUGUCCCCGCAGGAGGCGGGUGGCCAGUCGGCCUUCAUUUCCAAGGUGCACACGACGGCGGCCGACGGCCUGUACCCGCGCGUGGGCAUGGCGCACCCGUACGAGUCGUGGUACAAGUCGGGCUUCCAUUCGACGCUGGCGGCCGGCGAGGUGACCAACGGCGCGGCGUCGUCGUGGUGGGACGUGCACAGCAGCCCGGGGUCGUGGCUGGAAGUGCAGAACCCCGCUGGGGGGCUCCAGAGCUCGCUGCACUCGGGCGCCCCCCAGGCCUCGCUGCACUCGCAGCUGGGCACCUACAACCCCGACUUCAGUUCGCUCACGCACUCGGCCUUCAGCUCCACGGGUCUCGGCUCCUCCGCCGCCGCCGCCUCGCACCUGCUCUCCACCAGCCAGCACCUGCUGGCCCAGGACGGCUUCAAGCCGGUGUUGCCCUCCUAUUCGGACUCCAGCGCCGCCGUGGCAGCCGCCGCCGCCAGCGCCAUGAUCUCGGGCGCCGCGGCCGCCGCCGCCGGGGGGAGCUCAGCACGCUCUGCCCGCCGCUACUCGGGCCGCGCCACCUGCGACUGCCCCAACUGCCAGGAGGCGGAGCGGCUGGGCCCGGCCGGGGCGAGCCUGCGGCGCAAGGGCCUGCACAGCUGCCACAUCCCGGGCUGCGGCAAGGUGUACGGGAAGACGUCGCACCUGAAGGCGCACCUGCGCUGGCACACGGGCGAGCGGCCCUUCGUGUGCAACUGGCUCUUCUGUGGCAAGCGCUUCACGCGCUCGGACGAGCUGCAGCGGCACCUGCGGACUCACACGGGCGAGAAGCGCUUCGCCUGUCCUGUGUGCAACAAGCGCUUCAUGCGCAGCGACCACCUGAGCAAACACAUUAAGACGCACAACGGGGGCGGCGGGGGCAAAAAGGGCAGCGACAGUGACACGGACGCCAGCAACCUGGAGACGCCCCGUUCCGAGUCCCCCGACCUCAUCCUGCAUGACUCCGGCGUCAGUGCCGCCCGGGCGGCGGCGGCUGCAGCGGCUGCGGCGGCGGCGGCGGCGGCGGCGGCGGCCUCCUCGGGAGGCAAGGAAGCAGCGUCUGGCCCCAACGACUCUUAGAGGCCGGGCGAGAGGCGCGAGCACGCGAGCGAGUAGAGACACCGAGAACGAACGAGAGGUUCGGAGGGCGAGAGAGCGGGGGACGGGAGGGCAGGGGCUUCAGUGACGCCCCCGGGGCCCCGGCUGGACGCGAGGUGGAGCCGCUCAGGGUUCCCGGGCUGCGGUUCGCCCGCCGUGCGAGGAGCUCCCCUCGGCCUUCGGCGCCCGGAUGAGAAUCGAAUGCGUGGUCCGGAAACAAAAGCGAACCAUCCUCCGACACAAACACUUUAAAAACCGUACUCCCAGACGUACACAUACACCGGAGACCUGCAACCACAAGCACGCACACUCGCGCGCGCACACACAUACCACUCGCCCAAACUUCUCGAGCGAAGAGCAAUACAUAGAAAGGCUCCCUCUUUGCCCACUAUCCACCCCCCUCCAACACCCGUCUCUUUCCUUUUCUCAAAAACAAGUCACCACCCAGCAAAGGACUGUCAGAACAUUUGAAAACAAACGGGACCGAUAAAAACACCCUUUGUGUGGAUUAUAUUAUAUAUAAAAUGCUCCAAGUCCUGCCUGAUGUCUACUUACAAUGAGACUUUUCCUAAAAAAGGAAGCAUCGAAAGGCUUAAGGUGAGAAAUUAAACUGGAAGUCUAGCGACAGUUUCUCUGUAUUUCAUAACAUCUGUAUAAAUAGGGUUCAAAAUAUUGUGUUCUCUUUUAUUUUCUUGUAAAUGUUCAUUCGAAUAGAGUUUUUUUGGGUGAAUCCCUGAAAUUCAGGGAGUUUUUUUAAUUUUCUGAUGCACUUUGUGAAAGUCAGUAUAUAUGUAAAAGAUAUUUAAAAUGUUGAGUUAUCAUUUCACUCACAAACACGUAAGUUAAGGUCAUCUAAAGAAAUUAAAUGCGUUUAUCUGUAUGAAGAAAAUCUUGACAUCAUAUUUUCAUUUUGGUAUUAUUAAAGGACUCUGAACAAUACAUUUCCUUUUUUAAAAAUCCUGU